CGGGGUGACGAUCUUUCAGGGCGGAACCAAAAGUUGAGGAAGUUUUGGUUCCGCCCGGAUGUUUCCGUCCAGACCGGAAAGACGGGAACACCGGACAUCCGGCAGAUUCGCGGAGGCUGUAAUCAGCCGAUUGGGCACAGCUGUGCCUAGUUGAAGAGAUCGCCGGGCAAUUGGAUGAUUGAGGAACAGAGAGGAGUAUAUAAAGCACAGUUAGAACACAGUUAGGGGUGCUUAGUGUGUGCUGGGAAACGGAGCUGUGCUCAUUGUUGGACGUGGUGGUUGUUUGUGUUUCUCUCUCUCUCCCUCUCUCUCGUUGUAAAUCUUUAUUGUGGACCUGCUGGAGUGAACAGGAAAACCCUAUGGGCAGGAAGGAACGCUGUUCUAACCAAUACUGAAGGAGUAAAGCAGGAAGAAAAAUUGACCUUCUGGUACAACGUAAACAAAGGCUAUUCGCCGUGAGUAUACCCUUUUCUGUGUGGAGUAACUGGCAAAAGUUAACUUGUGUAACUAUUGGAAACCUCCAGGAGAAGGAGGGCGGCCCUACCCCUAUAAGAGUGUGGUGGGCGAGCCGUUAGCAGUACAAGUUCAAACAGCCACCGCUACGAGACUUAUUGUGGUCGUAUUUCCCAUCGCCUUAUCUUAGCCCAAGCGCAGUGGAGGACACCGGGCGCUUCUCUUGUUGUGGUGCACUUAUAGUGUGGUGAGUGAGACUGUGUAUUAAAUCCUUUUCACGUUGGAGUGGUGCUGUGUAUUUGCUGUGGGUUGCUGUGUGUCUUGUAGACGAAGCCCCGCAUCAUCCAGUUUCUUCCACUGGGCAGAGGACGGAGAGGCCAAUGACCUCAGAAACUAUUGUUACUGUAUGUAGUGUGCUGUUCGGAGUACGAAGGGACGCGGACAAAGAGCUGUCCGUGACCGUGAGUAAACCAUUGGAAGUAUUCGUGGUGUAAACUUACCUGUGUCUGUUUUGUCGCAGAGUCAGAGGCGAAAGGGUCCGCCGCCCCCGCGGUCUCUACAAAGGGGCGCCCCUGUCCAGGAUUCGAUCGGCCUAUGGGCAUUGGAGAUAGGGCAGCGCUCGACCCGGUGAGGUGGUGUGGGACCUUCGCCCCUCUGCUGAUCUACGGAGGAGAACGUGAUACCUACCCAGAAAGCUGUAAACAGCAGAGCCGCGGCCACCUGUGGAGAGAGAGCAGAACGAAAGUGAAUCAUUGAGGAGCAGACUGUGAACGUGAUACCUACCCAGAAAGCUGUAAACAGCAGAGCCGUGGCCUCCUGUGGAGAGAAUGGAAAACGAGAAGGAACAGGAGGAAAAUGGACUGUGUGAAGAUACAGUGGUGGUGGAGGAGAGCCUAGAGUGGCCAUUGUUUUAAGCCCCCCGUUUUCCCUUCCCUAUUUAAUAAUUUUAACUAAUUUAAUAAAGGAUAUUUUAAUAUUAUGCUUACCUUGUGUGUCUGGUCAUUGGGGUGGCUUUGGGAAUCUCCUCGAGGUGGAGAAAGGGGCGUGACCUUAUUUACAUCUGGGUCCACCCCUACCUGUGACAGAUUUUGGCGUAGUCGGCAGGGCCCCACCUCGAGUUGAGUAACCAAGGUCACCCAAUGACUGACAACGCGGGGCCUGCAGCCCCACCCCGUGCCACAUCUAUUAUCAUGGGAAGCCCAUGGAUCCAGAAAUAUGGAGGAGCAGAGUCGGAGGUACGACUGACCGAAUGGAAGGCCCAAUUAGAGUACUUGGCCGACUUACAGGGCCUUAGCGCCGCUCAGCGGCUACAGUUUGUGUUGAACUCCCUAGAAGGAGAAGCACGGCGAGAGGUACAAGCCGCCCCCGAAGCAAUCCGAGCCACCGCCCAGACUGUGUUCCAGUUCCUUACUGAGCAAUAUGGCGACCAUACCCCCGUAGCUGUCCUCCGUUCACAAUUUUUUAAUUGUAAGCAAGGCCCCCGACAACCUAUUAGAGCUUUUGCCCUCAGGCUGCGAGAGCAGUUCACUCGCCUGCAGGCCCGACGAGACCAUGGGCUAGGAGACGGAGAGACCUUGCUACGUGACCAGUUCCUCCUGGGGAUGAAAGAGGGCCCCGUGAGACAAAGUCUGAGGGUCCAGUUUCGGAGGGACUCCGGGCUCACCUUUGAAGACCUAAAGAAGGAGGCGCUGGCCUUGGAGGGUGAUGAGGUCGAAGUAAGUGAAACCCCUGUAUGUGCAGCCGUAAGUGGGAACACCGCAGCACCACCUGAACACGCAGAGCAGGCCCAGGAUCAGGAUGUGUGCCAGGUAAAGAUGUGGGUGGAGCAGGGCCGACGGCCAACAUCGUCUGAAAGGCUGACCCAAACAGAGACGGGAAAAAGACUGCUGGGACAGUGGGACAAGCUGGAACUCCAGGAAGGGGUGCUGUGCCGGAAGGUUAGUGACCCGAAGCUGGACGAAGAGGUACGCCAGAUCGUGGUGCCCGCUGAUCAAGCAGCCGCCUUGGUGUCCGCCUACCAUGAUCAGCUGGGGCACCAGGGACAGGAACGGACAUUCCCACCCUCGAUCAGACGGCAAACACCACCGCAACGGCUCUAUGGCGGCACGUCUUCCAAACAUUCGGAUGUCCGGAGUUCCUGCACUCAGACCAAGGGGCCAAUUUCGAAUCAAGGGUGA